UAUCCCCAUCAGCCUGGUAAUCACCGGCAUCGCCUAUCUCCCUCUGGGUUCCUGGGCCAGCAAGAUGCUGGAACGAGAUGCAGAGUCCGCGGCCGGGGACACCGAUCCUAGUCCCACUUGCAAGGAACCAGUAACCAAGGGAGGAGCUCCCCACCAGGGCUCGCCGCAGAAGCCCAGCAAGUCGGUUCCAGGGCCUGCCACGUCCGCGGGGGCGCCUUCUCGACCCCGCCGGCGGCCCCCGCCCCAGCGCCCGCACCGCUGCCCUGACUGUGACAAGGCCUUCUCGUACCCGUCCAAGCUGGCCACGCACCGGCUGGCACACGGCGGCGCCCGCCCCCAUCCGUGCCCCGAUUGCCCCAAGGCCUUCUCCUACCCCUCCAAGCUGGCAGCCCACCGCCUCACGCACAGUGGUGCCCGCCCACACCCGUGCCCGCACUGCCCAAAGGCCUUUGGCCACCGCUCCAAGCUGGCAGCCCACCUCUGGACCCAUGCGCCCGCCCGCCCCUACCCGUGCCCCGACUGCCCCAAGUCCUUCUGCUACCCCUCCAAGCUGGCAGCCCACCGCCACACGCACCAUGCCACCGACGCCCGCCCCUAUCCUUGCCCGCACUGCCCCAAGGCUUUUUCAUUCCCCUCCAAACUGGCCGCCCAUCGCCUCUGUCACGACCCCCCGACGGCACCAGGCAGCCAGGCCACAGCCCGGCAUCGCUGCUCCAGCUGCGACCAGGCCUUUGGCCAAAGACGCCUCCUGCUCCUUCACCAGCGCAGCCACCACCAGGCUGAGAGCCAGGGGGAGCGUGAGUGA